UAAAUCACAAGACUCAAAAAACAGAAAACGUAUUUCGUAACUUGUUAAAGAAUUUAUAUUUUCAUACAGCUGAUUUUACAGUUUACAUUUCGUUAAUAAGGAUACCUAGUUAUUUAGAUAUAUAAAAUGUCCGUCCGACAAAUACCAUCUUUACGGUCGGCGAAGGUAAUCAAAUCGGCGAUGAGUCAAACUAGAUCGAGUUUGGGAAUUCGACGUACGAACAUACCUACAACAACAACGUUGUCUAAGAACUACUUCUCUUGUUCAUCGAUGGGUGUGCGCCAGAACCCGUGGACCCCAACCAAGCGCCGAGGACCCAUCGCCGCAGAGGCAGCCAGCCCGGGUCCGGCUGUCGUAUCCCUGCCCUCACUUAUAGGUAAACCACCUCCGGAGUCCCGCAAGCCAAGAGCACCGGCUUUUACUUUCGGACACAAGUUGGAUCUCACGCUCACAGGACAGGCUGGUCCAGGACCUGCCUCCUACAAUACUGAAGGAAUGACAGCUAAAGGUCGUGCGUCGGUGCCCGCGGCGUCGCUGCACGGGCGGUGGCCGGCGCCGCGCGUGACCCCCACGCCAGCCCCUUGCGACUACGAGCCCAGUAAAGCCACUCGUCACGCGCCUGCAUUCUCUAUCGGUCUUCGAGUCAGUAUGCCGCAGCCUGGUAGCCAGACCCCAGCACCUAACAUCUAUUCCAUGCCUCCGGUUCUCGGGGAAGCGAAAGAGGGCAGUAAACGCGCAGCGCCCGCAUUCAGCAUAACCGGUCGAGGCAAAACUAUCGAGAGCAAAACGCCCAUGCCUGGUCCGGGUACAUACACUACUGAAAAGGCAGCAGCAGUGCUUACAAAGAGACCACCCGCAUACACCAUGGCCCCAAGAAGAGAGGUCAAACAACCUUCUGCUUCAGUGCCUGGUCCCGAUGUUUACUGUCCUGAAAAGGCCGAUGUAAUUCUUCGUGGAAAAUCUCCAAAAUAUAGCCUCUCUGGUAAAUUGAAAGUUGAAAAAAUAGAACAUUUACCGGCACCAAAUGCCUAUAACCCUGAAAAGGCCGAUAGGGUAUUGAGGGAAAAAUCGCCCGCUUACUCGUUCCGAACAAAAACUGAAAUCGUUAAAAUACAUGAUGCCCCUGCGCCAAAUGUAUAUUCACCUGAAAAGUCACUUAAUAUCCUUAAAAGUGGCCCCAAAUAUACAUUAGCUGGUAAAGGAGCAGUAGAAAAGCAUGAAGUAACACCAGCGCCAAACUCGUAUAAUCCACAGAAGGCUGAUAAAAUUUUGCACGAAAGUUCACCAGCAUACAGCAUGCGCACAAAGGAAAUUGUGGAAAAAAUUGUUCAAACUCCAGCUCCUAACGUUUAUGCUCCGGAAAAUUCAAUGCAUAUGCUUAACGGUGGACCAAAAUUUAGUAUCUCUGGUAAAAAUGGGUGCGUUAAAAUUAGUGAAACCCCUGCUCCUAAUAGUUAUAGCCCUCAAAAAGCUGACAAAGUUCUACAUGAAUCGUCUCCAUCGUAUAGUUUCAGAAUUAAGGAACAAAAUGUUGUAAGAAGCGAUUCCCCAGCGCCCAAUGCAUAUGCGCCAGAGAAUUGUAUUAAUAUUUUAGAUGCCGCACCUAAAUAUACAAUGAGUGGAAAAGGACCAUCAAGUAAAAUUGAGGACCUACCAGGACCCAAUGCAUAUUGUCCAGAUAAAGCUGACAAGCUUUUGCAUGAAUCAUCUCCGUCAUAUUCAUUUCGCACAAAAGAACACUUAAAGAAAAUUGAGAAUACGCCAGCACCUAAUGCUUAUUCUCCAGAAAAAUCCAUAAAUAUUUUGGAUAGCUCACCUAAGUUUACUAUUAGUGGGAAAGGAGUAACACCAAAACAAGACAACAUUCCUGCUCCAAACACUUAUAGCUUAGACAAAGUCGAUAAACUCUUAUAUGAUUCCGCACCUUCAUAUAGUUUUAGACCGAAAUCCUGUUUAGAAAAACCUAGUGAUACACCAGCCCCUAAUAUGUAUGAUCCUCAAUUACUAAAUGGAACACCUAAGUUUAGUCUUUAUGGGAAAGGCACUGAUGCUAAGCCAUUUGAUACUCCAGGACCAAAUGCAUAUGACCCCCAUUUACCAGACGGAACUCCAAGAUAUACUAUGGCAGGAAGAAUUGUUCAAGAAAAAUCUUCUGAUGUUCCAGCACCUAAUGCUUAUAGCCCACAUUUGCCUGAACAAUCUCCGAAAUAUACUUUUACUGGUCGUCCAGCAGACGGAAAGCCAUUAGAUACUCCUGGUCCAACUAGUUACAAUCCACAUAUUCCCAAUAAUUCUCUUAAAUUCACUAUGUCUGGCAAGGGAUCAGAAGCAAAACCCUCUGAUACUCCUGGACCUAACACUUAUGACCCAAAUCUACCAUCCGGUACUCCCAAAUUUACGAUUUCGGGUAAAGGACAGCCAAACAAAGUAGUAGACACUCCUGGCCCCAAUGCUUACUCUCCAGAAAAAGGAACCAAUGCAAUUUCGGAAAGUUCUCCCUCUUACACAUUUAGAAGUAAACAUCCCCUUCCUAAGUCCGUGGAUACGCCAGCACCGAAUUCCUACGAUCCAAGUAAAUAUAUUCAUUUGGUAGAUGGUGUACCUAAAUAUUCAUUUGGGGUGAAAGGUCCAACAGAAAAACCGUCUUCUAAUCCCGCGCCUAAUGCAUAUAAUCCUGAAAAAGCUGAUAAAGUACUUCAUGAACAUUCACCUGCCUAUACAUUCCGUCCGAAGAUUGAAAACAAGAAGAUCAGUGAUACUCCGGCCCCUAAUGUGUAUAACCCCGAUAAAGCAGAUAAAAUUCUAUUGGAUAACGCUCCACGUUAUUCAUUCAGAAUUAAGACAAAUCCACCUAAGGCAGAUAACAUCCCAGCUCCAAAUUCGUACAAUCCUGAUAAGGCAGAUAAAGUGAUGAUGCCUAAUGGGCCACAAUAUACUUUUAGGAUUAAAUCAGAUACUAUUAAAGUUCAGGAUACACCCGCUCCCAAUUCUUACAAUAUUCCAACAACCGUCCAAACUCCACUUUACACAAUAUCUGGUCGACACAAGGAACCUAUAGAUGAACGUUUGAAGGUCCCAUCUCCUGGCACGUACAAUCCAGAGAAGAGUUAUAAAUUUGUGUUAACAUAUUCGCCUCAAUAUACUUUUGGAGUCAAGAUUCAAACAGAUAAAUAUGCUGAUUCGCCUGCGCCCAAUACGUACAGAAUACCAUCUGUAUUGGAUACUCCGGUAUAUACGCUUUCAGGACGUCAUAAAAUUCCCGUAGACGACCGCGCUCGUGUCCCCGCGCCUGGCACCUACUCCCCCGAAAAGGUCCAGUUAAGUAAAACACCUCAGAUAACGUUCGGAAUUAAGCAUUCUCCUCGCUUAGGUCAACUUAGGCCGAUUACUCCGCAACAACAAACAGAAAAUGACACAGCUAGAAAUGUAUCGAACGAGGAAGUGCGUGUAACGCGAACUCAAAUCGUUUCGACGCCGAGAUCAAAUACCGGAAGUCCUCGGUACGAAACCCAAAACACAAACGAAAAUAUAUCGAACAAUAAAAUAUCGCAAAACUAUGUCGACGACUCGAACGAAUCAAGUAUAAAUGUUUAUGAUACUCGUACUCACGUAACUCACAUAAGAUCGCCCAGUGAAGCCAGGAGUACGACUGCGACACCAGAACCUGUCCAAGAAACACUCACUCAAGAGAUUGUGUGGGUACCAGAAAAACCUAUUCGCCGUGGUUCCUAUACCAUAGAUACGUCUGAUGGCAAUGGAACCUUUGAAAGGUAUAAUAGAAAUGAAGUCGUUCCCGUCGAAGGUGGAGUUGUACAUCUGCAUGAAAGUGGCGAGAGAGGAGGAUCAAACACCAGUCAACAUUACCAAGAUCUGGUAGAAAGGGAAGGAUAUAAGCAAGUUACUGAUAAAAGUGUCAGUAAUACUAAUGCUUUUGAAAAGAAGCAAUCGGGUUCCCAAGAAGUUCGUACAAACACAGAUGUACAACACUUACCUAACGGAGGAACGUCAACGACCACAACUACAACGACAGUCAAAAAAAUCGGCACCGCCGCUAAAGCCGCCAGCUCAACAACUAAUGUCACACGCACUAAGGUCGCUGUCACAUCCCGUGAUGUCGGUGCGAAGUAAGAAGUAACUGACUAAUUUAAUUUCCCAUACAUCAUAAAAAUACAGGGCUUAAUGCAAUUGCUUAUAAUCUUUAAAAUCGCCUUAUAUCGAAUGCUUAUUUACGAGUUGAAUUUUUAGAUGUCUAUAAUUAUGUUAAGAAAUUCGUAGAUCGUUUUUAAUUUAUUUAAUAAAUUAUGGUUGUCAUACUAUUUCAAAAUCACUUUUACUAAUGUUAUUAAUUUGUCUAAUGUAAAAAUGUGAUUUAAUAUAUAAUAUUUUCUUUA